AUGGUUAACCUUCUAUCAAUAUCGACAGAGUUAAUCGAAAUUAUUCUCGAUUACUUGGAUACAUCAGAUCUGAUUACAUUAUCCCUCACAUGCAACGCACUUUAUCGAAUCGUCAGUUUCAAACAGUAUGGUUUAAUCCUCCCAAAGUGGCAUGGCUUAUCAUAUAAUGUUCCUGACGACAGAGUCGGACUGUACUAUCGUGACGCCGUUUUGAUUGGUCCAACACUAUACAUACUCGUUCUUUCCAUCGAAAAUCCAACAGCUUGGAAGAUAAAUCUGAAUGACAAAACCCCCAGAUGGAUCAGCGUUACUGUGAACAUGCCCGAUUCAUAUCGACCUGUCAUACAUCCGGCAACGUCGUCGAUUCUGAACAAAAUAUAUGUCCAUGGUGGCAUAGAUCUGCUUACUGGAAAACCAACAAACAUUUUGUAUGAGUUUGACGUCUGUGACAUGCAGUUGCAUAUCCUAACGCAGAACGGAACGAUUCCUUCCCCUCGUUCGAUGCAUACGAUCAGCGCGAUUGAUCAUAACCGUUUAGCGAUCUAUGGCGGUCUAUGCGUGGCUGAUGAUUGUCCGUAUGAUAGUAAAGACUUUGCGACGUACGACAUUACAAAUAAAGUCUGGACGAUUCACAAUCAAAUGCCCAAUCUUCCAUAUGCAAGAUCAUUACAUUGCAUGUUAAAAGCCCGUGAUAAACUUUACAUCUACGGAGGCCAGCAGAUGGUUUCAAAAAAAAGAGAGGUAAUACAUGACGAUACUAACGUAUGGGCAUAUGACAUACAAAAUAGUAAAUGGUUAAGAUAUCUCUCUUCGACUGUACAACCAUUAAGACUUCCACCUGAAUGGAUAUUCACCGGCGGAUGGAAACAAAGUCCCGGUCGACGGGUUGGUACUGCAAUGUUUUGCUUAAGAGAUCGCAUCGCUAUAAUUGGUGGUGUGGUUAGUGACAAUUGGGAGAACAACGAAAACGAAAAGCCUUGGGAGUAUUUGAAGAUAUUUUCACCUUUGAAAAAAUCUUGGUGUCAUAUUCGAGUCCAGGGUUUACCACGCAUGCGUUGCGUUGCGUUCGUCGGUAACUGGUCUGGUUGCAUAAGAAAAGCUUUCCUUAUUGGUAAUGAUGCAGAUACGGGAAAGACAACGAUGGGGUGGAUAGUUGGUUGA